GUUGAAUCGACUCUCGAGUUCAAAAUACCGUUUAUUAUAGAGGUCAGGACAGUGGUUGUGUAACUUCAACAAACAAUCAUGAAUGUUGGAUCACCAUUAUUAAGUGAUGGAAAGCUGCCAGUUUUCUUAUUCCCAACAUCAUUGAGUUUCUUUGAGGAUGAUCAAAGUUCCCAUAAGCAAGUGUUGACUAUAUACAACCCAUAUGAAUUUGCUCUCAGGUUUAGAGUACUCUCAACUGCACCAAGUAAAUACCUAGUAGCUGAUUCUGAGGGAACGAUAAAGCCACAAUGCUGUAUUGACAUAGUGAUUAGACACACAGCUAUUAAUUCGGCCAAUUAUUCUGUCACGGACAAGUUUAGAGUGCAGGUGUAUGAGCACUCAGGCUCCAGACAAAUUAUUGGAAAAAGAGAUGUUCCAAGCACACUUCUGCCAGGGAUGCAGGAAGAAAGGGAGAGACAUAUUAGUGAUUUGGAUCAGUUUGAACAGCUUCCCCGUUCUCAAGUUACUAGACAUCAGGCAUCAGCACAGUAUAGGCUUUCAGAUAGACAUGACCGACGAGAAGGAGGCCACGAGACAUCAACAUCAACAUCAAGUAUCAUGGUGAUCAUGGUGGGAGUGUUAUGCGUGCUUGCACUGAUGCUACCACUUGUCGGUGACCAAGCUUCUUCGUGGCCGGAUUACCUCCAUAUUAGCAUUCAUCAGAAACUUAUAUCAGCCUACGUGCUAGGACUGAUAACCGUAGUCUUGCUUCGACCAACGUGAUACCAAGGUCAUACCAUUGUAUAGUAUGGUUGGACUCGGGAUCUACGUCUGCAGCGCCACAGAAAAUAACAUUGCUCCGAUAAUGAAGCUAUGCAUUGGACUAUUUUGCCGCUAUGGAAUGUAAGCCAGUAGAGUUUAAGAUAAGAACGUAGAGAGUUUAAUCAUCGAGUUGGCAAAGGCAUCAAUCUCAAUACUAUUCGGACGCCAGUUUCACACACUCACCAUUGCACACUACUGUGAUACUUCUCUUAUUGGAUUGUGCCGAGUUCACCCUAUUCAAAUGACUCAAUUAGUUUUACGUUGACUCACAGUAGUUUUUGCGGUCCUUUUGUUACUAAUAGAAAUGUAGAAUCGAAAUUACAGGCUAUUUCUGUGGCUACUGUGUACCUGUGGUACUGAACUGAUACCCAAAAUUUACAAUAGUGUACCUAUUAGUCACAAAAGAAAAAACUAUCCACACAUGCAUUUUCAUUACCGUGAUACAAAGCAUACGAAUAGUUAUGGGCAUGCAGAGAAUUUUGGCAAUAGGCGCUAAAAACGGUAAUGAACUUUGAUUCAGUAUUUAUUCGUUUUGGUAAAUUGCUAUAAAAUCGUCAACAAGUGAAUGAGUGAAAACUCACCUUGCAUAACUUAUGUGCCAUCCUCACCAUUCCAUUGUAAGGUAAAUAACAUAAAAUGUAUGAAUGUAUAGACUAUUUAUUUAUUGCAGUGAUUCUAGUGAUUCUGCUAUGUGGGAAGAUUCUGCAGCUGUAUUGUGAACUGGUUUUAUGCCAAGAGUAUAUAUUAGACCUGGCACAACAAUGUAAUUUUAGUUAAACUUGAGAUUAUAAAACUAUGAUGGAAAGUAGGGAGGAUGAGUUGAAACAUUUUUAUAAUUCAUGUCAUGAACAUGAUAUAAAACAAUGUACACCAAAAUGAUAGAGGAGAAAUGGGCUAAUGGUACACGUUUUACUGUAUAUAGUAAUGAAUACAGAAGGAAUAGGUCUUAUCCCAAUUAUACAUAGUUUCAUAAUGCCCAAAAAUACUUGGUGAAAUUACAAAUGGCUUUUUGUGAUCAAGUAAGUUUACAGUGUUUGUAGACAUACACAUGCAUUAAAUUAUAUCUAUAGUCAGA